AGAAGAAAACGACGGCUGCUUUUGGCCCUCGUAGGCCACGGUAGCUCCCUUCCGGUCGGGGAGGUGCCUGGGACUUCCGAUUGCCGUGGCUGCCCGGCGCCCGGCCCGUUUGUAAAGAAGCAGAGCCCGGUUGGUCUGGGGUGCUGGAAGCCCCGAAGAUGUCUACACCGCCGCGGACGCCGGCGGCGACCCAGGUUCCGAUCGAGGGCAGAUGCAGCUACUUUGUGGAAAGGAAGAAUCGCUUCUGCCGGAUGGUGGUGGCGUCAGGGAGACGCUUCUGCGGGGAGCAUGCCGGAGCCGCGGGAGCAGAAGAAGAAAAUACCAGAAAAAGAAUACUCUGUCCCCUAGAUCCAAAACACACAGUGUAUGAAGAUCAGCUUGCAAAACAUUUGAAAAAAUGUAACUCAAGAGAGAAACCAAAACCAGAUUACUUUGUUCAAGAUAUUAAUGCAGGAUUAAAAGAUGAAACAGAAAUUCUUGAUGAACUGGUCCCAAUUUCUUUUCUAUCUGAAGAGCAAUUGGAAAACUUAAUUAAGAAACUGAGAAAAGCCAGUGAAGGUGUGAAUUGUUGUACACUUAAAGAUCAAAUAAUGUCACAUCCUGCAUUGCAUGAUGCCCUAAAUGACCCCAAAAAUGGUGAUUCUGCAUUCAAACACUUGAAACAACAGGCUUCAAUUUUAGGUAACAUGGAAAGAUUAAAUUUACUGGGACCAAGAAGAUGCUUUGUUGAAUUUGGAGCUGGAAGAGGGAAAUUGUCUCAUUGGGUUGAUACUGCCCUACAAGAAGCUGAAAAGGUCUACUUCCUGUUGGUAGAAAGGGUGACCACAAGAUUCAAGGUAGAUGGUAAACACAAAAACAGAAACUCUGUAUUUGAAAGGCUUCAAAUUGAUAUUCAACAUUUAUGUUUGAGCAAAAUACCUGUGCUAAUAAAAGAAAAGUUACCUGUGGUUGGAAUUGGAAAACAUUUAUGUGGUGUGGCAACAGAUCUUGCAUUGCGAUGUUUAGUUGAAACCUAUCCUACCAGAUGCAAAGAAAGAAAUGAGGAACCAGUAGCCAAGCGUAUAAAGAAUGAUAAAACAGACUCCAAAAAUGACACUUUGGUAAAUGAAGGAAGUGAACAGAAUGAAUUAGAGCAGUGGAUCCCUGUAGCUGGCAUUGUUGUUGCACUCUGUUGUCAUCACAGAUGUGAUUGGAGGCAUUAUGUGGGCAAAGAAUUUUUCAAGACCCUAGGACUUGGGCCAGUCGAAUUUAACUAUUUCCAACGAAUGAGUAGCUGGGCCACUUGUGGAAUGCGGGAAACAACUUUGGAAACGUCAGAAAUUAAUAUAACAAAAAGAGAUGAUCAAACCAAUGAUAAUGAAGAACAUGACCAUAAAGAAUACAGGAAAACAGAUGAUAAUCCUGAAGGUUUACCUGGGCUUCUUACUGUCGAAGAAAGGAAAAAUAUAGGUCGUCUCUGUAAAUUACUGAUUGAUCAAGGCCGGAUCGAAUAUUUACAACAGAAGGGAUACAGUGCUUCUUUGCAGUACUAUACAGACUCCCUUGUGUCUUUGGAAAAUGUCCUGUUAACAGCUUUACCCAAACAGUCUUCAACACCAGACUCAACCAUGAUGAAAGAGAAAUUGUGAACAGUUCCUCCUAAAGAAUUUUAUAGCCCAUCCCUAGAUAUUUUAAACAGAUAAGAUCAUUUAUUUAAAAAUCAUGGGAAA